AUGCUUUAUGUUUUGUUAAUGCUAAUGAAAAUUAGUAAAAGUUAACCAAUUACAGAUUUUAUUGAAGGGACAUCAGUUUCAAAUGUAGAAUGGCAAAAGCAAGAUUCUAGUCAAUUUAAUUAAAAAUUUUCCUGCAACAAUGGAUAAUUGAUAGGACCCUUUAUCGGAACGAUUGACAAAAACAUUAAAAAAGUAUUUAAUAACCUUUAACCUCAUUAUUCUUUAUAAAUAACAUUAGACCUUUUAUUCAUGGAAUAUUGGUCAGGAUCAUCAAAUUAUAUAAAUAUAAUGAUAGAUUAAUAAACAAUAUAUUCUGAUUCAUCUAUAAGUACAUCUAAUUUUAAUACUCCUAACAAUUAUUGUAAGACAAAUGCAUUUUUGUAAAUAUUAUAAUAAUUUUAGAAUAUUUUUGUAUAAUUAAUAAUUGAUUACAUUAAGAUAGAAGAUUAAUCAUGAAAAUCUUAAUCCAACAUUAGAAAUCAGAUCAGGUUUUUAGUGUACUUUACUGUAAUUAUUGUAGGUAUGUGAGAAAUUAUUAGUUAAAAAUGUUGUUAUAAUUCCUUAGUUAUGUCAUUUUACUUGCCUAACAUGCAAUGGUCCAUUAGAAGAUAAUUGCUUGACUUGUCCUAAUGGUAUAAUAUAAGAUGGUAAAUGUAAUUGUCAAAAUGGAUAUUCAUCGUAUAAUUAUGAAUGUGUACAAUCUUGUCCUUAAUAUUAUACUAGUAAGAAUUAAAAAUGCUUAUUAAAUUGUUCUUUAAAUUGUUAAGAUUGUAUACAAUCUAAAUGUAAUACUUGUGAAGAUGGUUUUAUACUUUAUUAAGGUUCUUGUGUUAUUAAAUGUCCAAAAAAUAGUUCUUUUUAAAAUAAUAUUUGUGUUGAUUUUUCAGAAUAAUCAACUUGGGGGUCUGAAUAUAUUGGAAAAUAUUUUGAUAGUUUAGAUAUUGAUCUUACUAGCUAAAUUAAUUAAUUUACUUUUACUUUCAAUCCUACAUUAUCUAAAUAAACAGGAUAAAUAUUUUCAACAUACAAUAAUUUAUAUUUAUUGGGAGGAUUUGGUGUUUGGAGUCAUGGAUAUUAUACUAUUAAUUAUAAUGGACUUCCUGCACAUAAUUAAUUAAGAAUAUAUUUGACAGCUUGGUUCAUUGAUAAUUGGACUAAUGAAUAAUUUAUAAUUAAAUUGGAUAACUAAAUAAUUUAUCAAGUAUCUUAUUAAUCAUCAAAGGCAAUUAAUAAUCUAUUUUAUUAUGAUUCAAAUGAUUAUAUUGAAGAAAUUUAAUUGUCUAUGAUACAUACAUCAAAUUCAGCUUAAUUAACUUUUUAAACAACUUUAUCUAUUUCUGCAUAUGAAGCCAGUUUAGCUUUAAGUAAUAUAUUUAUUUUGAUUGACUAUUGUGAUUAUCAUUGUGAAAUUUGUUCAUCUAAUUAAUGCAUUACAUGUAUAAAUCCUUAUUAGCUAAUCCAUAAUAAAUGCGUUUUAUGUGAUUCGACUAAUUUUAGAAAUAAUGAUUGUAGUUGUUAAAUUGGAUUUUAUGAUGAUAAUAUAAACUUUUUAUGUUAAAAAUGCAAAUAAGAAUGUGAAACAUGCAUUAACUCUAAUAGUUGUACCUAAUGUAAAUUAGGAACUAAUUUAAUUCUUUUGCCAAAUUGCAUUAAUUGUAUUACUGGCUUCUAUUAUAAUAAUGGAACAUGUUCUAAAUGUAAUUAAAGUUGCUAAACUUGUUUUGGGAAUGAUAAAUCAUCUUGCUUAUCUUGUUUAGAUAACUAAAUUCUAAAUAGCAAUCAUGAAUGCCAAAAUUGUUAAGACAAUUAAUUUAUUUAUAAUAAUACUUGCUAAGAUUGCUAGUAUAAUUGUGAAACAUGUAAUUAAGCAUCAAUAUGCAUAACAUGUGCAUAAGAUAGAAUAUAUGCACCUUUAUGUAUAUGCGAACAAGGUAAGCAAUUUAAUAAUUGUAGGAUAUUAUGAAAGUAAUAAUAAGACAUGUUAACUAUGCAACAUUUAAUGUUCUACUUGUGAAUUUUAAGGAGAUAAUUGUUUAGUUUGUUCAGGAAAUAGAUAAAAUCCACCUACAUGUCGAUGUUAGGAAGAUUCUGAAUAAAAUAAUAUUUCUAUUUGGUGUACAGGUAUGAAAUAUAUUAAUUAGAUUGUUCUGUUGCUAAUUUACAUGUGAAAUUAAGUACAAACAUAAAAAAAUUAAUUAUAAAAUUUGGAAAAAAAAUUAGAAAGAUUAAUUCUGAUUGUUCAUUGAUUUUUCAUGAAUCUACACUAAAAUAUUUAGGAACUAAACCAAUAUGUUUUGCUUAAUAAUUAUCAAUAGAUGUUUUUUUAGGUUAAAAUGCAACCAUUUAUUUUGGUUAACAAAUCAUAUUUAAGGUUGGUGUUAUCUAAUUUUAGGAAUGUCAAAAUAGUGUAUCUUAAUUUUUUAAUAAUACUUUAGAAAGUGAUAUAGAUAUAUAAGCACCAUUAAUAAUAUUUACUAAAAAUUAAGUUUUUUUAUCAGCUUGUAUUAAUAAUCCAGAUUCAAUCUAUUAAAUUUAAUCUUAUAAUUUUGGUAGUAGUCCAAUAACUUUUGUUGAUUGGAAAUUGGUUCGAGCAACGUAAAAAGAUCCUAAAAUAAUUAACCUACUUAAUAAUCUGAAGAAUCAAUUCAAAAAUCAAAAUUAAAGUGUCAAUUUUGUAUUCUAAAAUGAUAUAUUAGAAAUGCAGAAUGAAAUUUUAUUAGAAUUAAAAUAUUUAAAUUUUUUAGGAGUUUAAGGAAAUAGUUUGAUAAAAAUAAAACAAUUAACUAAUAAAUUAUUUUUGAAUGUAUAAUUAUAAAGAACAUAUUAUUUUGCUUCUUAAUUAAUUGAAAUUAGCAUCUAAGUCAAUCAUUGUUCAGAAACAUUUAAUAAUGAUUUAAGAUUAAAUAUUACAACUUAGAUUGGCACUAUUAAAAAGUAAGCUGAAAUAACUUUUUAAUAAUAUUAUAUAUAUUAAAUAGAACCAUAUUUAUUGAAUGCUGAUCUUUAUUAGUUAAAAAUUGGAGUUGAUGUUUAAGAAAACAUUAAUAUUGAAGAUAACUAUUAGAUUUUAAUUGUAAAUGAAGAGCCAUUUAUAUAAAUAUCGGCUGAAUCUAACUUUUUAAGCUUUUCAUAAAAAUUAGUAAUACAUGGAUAAGUAAUGAAUAUAGCUUAGCAAAAUCCAGUACUUAAAUGGGAUUGUUUUGAUAUGACUAAAAAUUCUGAAUGCACAGCAUUAAAUGAAACUAAAUUAGUAUUUCAUGAUUCUUCACAUUUAACACUCUAACCUUAUACAUUAACUCCUUUUUCUGUUUAUGUAUUUUCAGCAAGCUAUAAGGAUUUAUAAUAGUAAGUGAAAAUUACAAUUGUUGAAACAGAUGUUCCUAAAAUUGAGUUUAAGUCUUAUCCAGAAGUCUCAGAUGGAUAUAUUAAUUAUUAUGAUUAACUUUUAUUUAAGUUCAAGUAUCUUGAAAUUAUUUAUAACCCUGAUCAAUUACUAUAUACAGGAAUAUUUUCAAAUUCUGAUUUAUUAAUCAAACAUUUUAAAUUCAAUUAUUUAGAGUUGUAAAUAAGCCUUUAGAAUUAUUUUACUGUUGAAUAAUUGACAAAACAUAUGACAUUAAAGAUUAACAUUCAUAAUCCUGAUUACUUUUUACCAUCUCAAUUAACAAUACCAUUACUAAUUAACAUUCCACCAUUGUAAUGCAUAAUAAAUAUUGAUGGAGUUGAUUCAUCUAAAACAACUUAUUUUUAAAUUAAAAUCAUAAAUUGUAAAGAUGAUAAUUUACCUUUGUAAUAUAGAUUGGUGCUCUAUUUAAAUUCUUCAGAUCUAAAUUUCGAUUAUUCUAUAAAUACAAUUUAAAAAGGAAUCAUUUUAAUUGAUUAUCAAUAUAAUAAUUUAUUUAAAACUAAAUUAACAGGUAAUGGUAAUAUUAAAUUAAUGAUUCAAGUUAAAGAUACACUUAAUGGAAUUAGCAAUUACACAAGUUCAUUUUACUUUGCAUAUGAACAAGGAACUUAAGGAUUGUUACUUAUUAAUCCAACAUCUAUAAGUGAAACUUUAAUUUAUGCUACAAGUUUAUAAUAUGAAAAGAAUUUUAAUUCUUCAGAAAUUAAAAAAGUUCUUUAAUAAUAAAAUACUUAUUUUUCAAAUUGUUAAUGUAUUACAUAGAAAUAACUGCUUACUUUAAAAACACUUUCUAUUAAUUAUAUUGACUGGGAAUUUAGUAAUAUUAAUAAAGAAUUAUAUUUAUCAAAAGAGAGAUUAAAUAAAAUUAAUUCAUUAAUGGUUAAUUAACAUUUAAUUGAGUAUGAUAAAUUUGAACAUACUGUAUAAGAGUUUUAAAAAGUGACUUUAUUAGAAGAAACUAUAGAGAUAACAAAAUAUAUCAAUGAAUUAUUUAAAGUAAAUAGAUUUUUAAAAUAGUAAAAAAGAAUUUUAAUAAGCGAAUUGGAUUCUGAAAGUAAAAAUACAAAUAACUAAAUUAUUAUGGAUUCUGUAAAUUUAAUUACUGAUAUUUAAUUGUAAAAUUAAAUUAUUAAUGGAAAUUUAUAAACAAUAAUAACAAAUUCGUUUAAUAUUUCAACCUAAAAAACAACUUAAAAAAUAUUAGAGAAUUUAAUUAGAAGUUCUUUAAAUGAGUCAUAAGUUAUUGGAUAGGAAGAAUAAUAAAAUAAUUUAAAUUUUGCAUCAGAAACAUAUUCAUAUAAAAUGAUUAAUUACAACUAAAAUCCUUAUAAAUAUGAUACUUAUUUUAUGAAUACUUACAAUGAGGAAAAAGAUUAUCCUAUGUACAAACCUGAAAUAAUUUAAUUGUCUAACUCCACUUUAAUUUAAAAUAUCAGUUCAUCUUCAGGUAUCCGAUAUAAAUUUGAAAAUUAAGAGGAAAAUCUUUUUUUUGAAUGUGUCACUAAAGUUGAAGAUAGUUGGAGUUUAAAUGCUUGCAAAAAUGUUAAGGAAGGUAAGAACACUAUUUGUUAAUGUCAUCUUAUCUCUUCGAUUACAAUUAUUGAGGCUACCCAUAGUAUACUUGUUGAAGCGUUUGAUUUUUUUUCACUAAAAACGAUUUAUGAAAUUUUACAAUGCCAAUAUUAUUCUAUAAUCUUUACAUAUAUAGUGACAAUUUACACAAUUAUUUUUUUGUUGUUCAUCUUCAUCGGAUAGAAAAUGGAUUAAAAUAAGAAAGAAGAUAAUUUAUUUAAUUCAAGUAAAGUAGUACCAUCAGAUUGGGAUUUGGUUAUUGAAAAAGUUAAUGGAGGAGAAAUAGAAUCUGAAAGAAAGUUACCAACAAUUGAUAAAAUAAUUAUAAAAAAGGAAAGUCUAAAAAAAUCUAUUUUUAGUUCUAAUGAUAGCCAAAUAUCAUAAGAAGAUAAAUAAGGUAAACGAUUUAAUUUUGAAUUUUAUAACAAAAUGUUUAAUAGCAGAAAAAAUAUUGGGACAAAUAACCCAUGUUCUUAAAGAGCAAUUGAUUAAACUGAAGUUGAAGUAUCACCAAAAUCAAAAAUGUCAAAUAGUCCAAAUAUAAAUAUAGUUUCAUCAGAAAUACCUUCUGCAUUUAGAAAGUAAUAAAUGAUUGAGGAAGAAUCUUUGUAUAAAAAAUAUUCAACUUAAAAAAUUACUUUAUGUAGGGCGCUUAUAUAAUAUAUUGAAGUAAUAAAUUUUUUAAAAAGCUUAGAUUAAUCACAAAGCUCUGAGUUUAUAUUAUUUAUAUGAUAAGGAUUGUUCUAGGGUUUACAGAACAAUUAUGUUAUAUGUUUCAUUAUUAGGAGAAAUUAGUAUUUUGACAUUUUUUGGAAAAGUACUGUUUUUAUAUAAUUUAGAUCAUAAACUUAAAUACAAUAAUUGCACUUUCAAUUUUGUAAGCAUUGUUUGGAAUAAUUUAUAGAUAGUUACUUUCAAUACUACUAAAGUCAUAAAAAGUGUGUUUCAAUUACUUAGGGUUUAAUUUAGCAAUAUUAAGUGUUUUACUUUUUUUAUUUAUUAUAUUUGGUAGUGUAGCAAAAUAUCAAUCAGUUUUAGAAGCUACUUUAUGGGGAGUUGCUUAUAUAAGUAGUUUUAUAUUAGAUUAUUUCCUGUAUACUAACAUUUAAAUAUUGCUGUUUUUUGCAAUAAUUGUAAAAUUUGGAAAUUCAGAAACAGCUAAAGUAUUAGUAAAUAAUUUUAUUUUAUAGAAAUAUUUAAAAUUGUGUUUAAAUGAUAAAGUUUUUACCUAAACUUUUGGAAAUGAAUGA